AUGGGCGCCGCCGACAGCUACGCCAACAGUGGCAACGAGCGAGCAUGGGGGGGACAGCAGCAGUACGGACAGCAGCAGUACGGACAGCAGCAGUACGGUCAACCGCAGUACGGGCAGCAACAAUACGGGCAGCAGCAGCAUCACCAGCAGCAUCACCAGCAGCAGCCUCCUCAAGGAUAUUACGACAGCCAGGGCCAGGAUCCAAGCAACUACGGUCCGCCUCCCCCCUACAGCUACAACCCUCCCAAGGGGAACGAGGCCGACUACACCUUUGACCAGGCCUUCAAGAUUGAGAAACCAAAGUACAAUGAUCUCUGGGCCGGGAUUCUGCUCCUCCUCGUCUUUGCGGGCUUCGUCGUCGUCUCCGCCAUUUCCAUCAGGGGCUACGUUACGGGCGCUCGGGGCCAUGGCAUCUACGGCGGCAACAACUCCUUCUCCCUCAACAACAAUACCAUCAUUCUCUUCGCCUUUGGCCUCGUCGUCGCCUUUGUCCUUUCCUGGGCCUACAUCUCCGUGGCCCGCCUCUUCCCCAAGCAGUUCAUCUGGAUCAGCGGCCUCCUCAACAUCGUCCUGGGCCUAGGCACGGCCAUCUACUACCUCUACAAAAAGUACUGGUCCGCCGGCAUCGUCUUCCUCGUCUUUUCGCUCCUCACGGCUUUCGCCUUUUACACGUGGAUCAGUCGCAUCCCCUUUUCGGCUUUGAUGCUCAAGACCAGCGUCAACGUGAGCAAACGAUACGGCCAUGUGUACCUCGUGUCGCUGGUCGGAGGGCUCUUGGCCACGGCGUUUGCGGCCUGGUUCUCCGUCACUCUGACGGCAGUGUACGUGACCUACGAGCCGUCGCCCAACAAUCCAAAGUGCGGAGCCAACGGGGCCGGCUGCAGCAAAGGAAAAGUCAUUGGCUUGACCGUCUUCAUCACGUUUGCCAUGUACUGGAUCUCCGAGUGGCUCAAGAACACCAUCCACACCACCAUCUCCGGAGUCUACGGCACGUGGUACUUUUGCGUCAACAACUUCCCCAAGGGCGCGACGCGCGGAUCCGCCAAACGAGCGCUCACGUACUCGUUUGGGUCCAUCAGCCUGGGCAGCUUGCUCGUCGCUAUUAUCCAGUUCCUGCGCCAGCUGUGUUCUGUCGCCCGGCAGCAGUCGGUCGAGGACGGCGGUGUUGGCGGAGCCAUCGGCUACGUCAUCUUUUGCAUCCUUGGCUGCCUCGUCUCGCUGCUCGAGUGGGCGCUCGAGUUCCUAAACAGAUAUGCCUUUUGCCACAUUGCCUUGUACGGAAAGCCGUACAUUCCUGCGGCCAAGGACACAUGGAACAUGAUCAAAGAUCGGGGAAUCUCUGCGCUGAUCAAUGAAUGCCUCAUCGGCCCCGUGCUGUCCUUUGGCUCCAUCUUUGUCGGCUUCGCCACCGCUCUCUUCGCCUACCUGUACCUCAUCUUCACCCACCCAGCCUACAACAAGGACGGCGGUUUCACUCCCGUCAUCGUGGCGUUUGCCUUUUUGAUGGGAUUCCAGAUAUGCCUCAUCUUCACGACGCCCAUCUCCAGCGGCAUAGACACCAUCUUCGUGGCCGCCGGCUGGGAUCCCCAGGUCAUGGUGCAGGAGCAUCGCCAGCUGUAUGACGAAAUGGUCCGGCUGUACCCGCAGGUCCAGCAGGCCAUUCAGGUGCGGUGA